AUGGUGCCCCCCUGCGUGUCAAUCGUGUCACCAGAUUGGCUUCUCGAGGCCAAGACGCCGAUGCUCAUAGCAACUAUUAUUUUCAUCAUCCUGAGCAUCGGCCUGGUUGUUAUAAUCGGCAUCCUGGAUCUACUUCUCGAGUCCAUGGAUAAGUGGAAUGUAGAGAUCAAGCGUGGGUUGCAUGCGCAUUUGUUCGUAUGUGUCACGGGGGUGGUCUUCUACAGCGUUGCGGACUAUUCGUCGACCUACUUCGUGGUCACCACGGACAUCCUCGACGGCGAGCACCUCAUCGCGCGGAAUUUCCACUGGUUGGUGUCCACGCCCUUGGAGUGGUACAUCUACAAGUUGUGUUUCUUGAGCCCGGACGAGCCCAGCAAGAUGGUGACCGUCUACGCCUCGUGCGCGGCGAUGCAGAUCUUCGGCAUAUUGAUGUGCGUCACGCCGUUCCCGGUCUUCUUCUUUGUCGCGUCCUCUGUUUGUUUCGUGCUGAUGUUCUGGAUGUUGUACAAGCUCCCUCAGGUGCCAGAGACCGCCGCUGUUGGCCGUAGGGUCCUGGAUUUUCAUCUGUUCUUGUGGUCUGCGUACCCGGUUGCGCAGCUGGGCCGGUCGGCGGGCUGGUUGUCGGUCUCGCAGCAGCAGGUGCUCGUGCACUCCUUCCUGGACUGCUGCGCAAAGGGCCUCAGUUUUAGCGCCAUCCUGGUGGCCCGCCUGACUCGCACUCUCACAAGCAUGACGGGUGCCAUCCAGAUGAUGGUAUCGACACACGAUGUGGUGCUCAUCGUGGACGAGACCUUCCGGCUGCUGGAGCCGCUGCGUGACCAGAGCCCGCUGUUCCACGACACCGCGGCGGCCAAUGGGGUUAUGAAGAGCUUGCUCGAGCUCUGCGCCAACGAGGAGCACAGGGAGCGGCUCGAGAGGGUCGCCCAGGCGGCAGACCGCCAGCCGUCGGGCAUGAGCUCCCCAAAGUGCAUGCUGAACUUCAAGCUCCGCCAGGACCUGGGCGAGGUGAAGACCACCUGCUUCGUGUCCAAGUGCGCACAGGGGCGCCGCAUCAUUGGCAUCACCUUCAUCGCCCCGCGCGGGGAGUACGCGCAGCCCGCGGCGGGAGCCGCGGCGCGGAGCGCGACCGAGGCCCUCGAGUCCGUCAGCGCGGCGUCCGGCCUCCACAGCGCCGCGCAGCGCUCCGGGGCCGCGUGGGACCCCGCGCUGCACAGCUGCUCCGCGCUCCUGCAGCUCGCGCCCUGGCUGUCGGAGCUGGUGCGAGCAAUUUUCAAGGACAGCCCAACGGUUCCUAGCGCGCUCGUCGUUUUCGACCGCAGGGCGAUGGCGGACGCCAGCGUCGAGACCGCCUCCGCCGCGUUCUCCGCGCACAUGUCGGGGCUCUCCAUGCCUUUCGCACUUUCGAAGUUGCUGGGGCACAACGACAUUGAGAGGCUGCUGUCUACCGCGUUCCUAGAGGACCUCAGCAUCUACCAGUUCCGGGGCGCCGAGCUCGCCUCCGGCGCGCGGGUCGUCCUCUCCAUGCUCUGGCUGAACCGCCUGUCAAAAGCCGCCCGGUCCAGCGACGUCCGCGUCGGCGUCCUCACUCUGGAGCCGAUCUCCAGAACACCCUCCCACGGGUCCCUGAAGGAGCAGGUCGAGGUGUGGGACCUCCCGCACGCUUCUGGGGGCCACUAUUUCUGGUACUUCGUCGCCAGUCGGCUGCUGCGCCUGCCCUGCGCGCUCGACUGCCAGGUGGCGCCGCCCGUGUUGAUGCGGACGACACCUGAGCUCGUGCGGGCGGCGCCGGGGCUGGAGGAGGCCAACUGCUGGCACGUCUUCGUGGCGGAGCCGAUCCGCGGCCGAGGGGCGCACGCCAGGGGCCGCCGAGACAGACGGGUGGAGCUCGCGCUGCCAGCCGUGGACUGGCAGUCCUCGCAGCACGACGCCCUCCACCUCGACGAGCGGCUCGUCGACGACCUCGUCCAGGCGGCCCAGCACGGGCCGCGCCCGGAGCACCUGGUGCCGCCGCCUCCGGCCCUGCAGCCUCUGGCGUACAUCCGCGCAGAGGACCCCACGUAG